AUGUCGCUUACUUUGAAACAAAAGUACAUUAAGCUCCUUCUAAAAUCCGACGUGAAUACACACCUCUCCCGCCUCCAACCAUUUUUUGAUGUACUCAACAUCAACACUACCAAAGAUGGCAUUAAUUCCCAAGUUGUAUUAGACACUCUAGUACCCCUUCAAGAAUUCUAUAACGAAAUUGGACCAGAACACCCAUUGUAUAGUACUUUGACUGGUACUUUACUGAAAUACAUCAAAAUGAUCGACAAUAUCCCUUUAAGUAAUAAACAUCUCCUCUUCCUCAAAACAAUGAUUGGGCAUCCGAUGGGGGCUUCUAUUCACGAAGAUGUAUUUUUAAUGAUCACAAGUGUGUUGACCAAAGGCUCUGAAAACGACGUGAAAAUCCUGUUAUUAGCAAUGGCAUCACAGUCAUUUGUAUCUUUUUCAAAGGAACAACGAACAGACCUGAUUGCUCUAAUUCACGACAAACAUGGUGCCAAAGAGAAAAUUGUCCGCCCUGCACUUGGACUGGUUGCAGACGAUUUAGAACCGACUCAAGUGACUUUAAACCACGAAUCAACGAUCUCCGAGAAGUUAGAGUAUUACAUUAAAUUGGCUCAAUUUGACGAAAAGAAGUACUUCAAUGGUUUGGAGUCGACGUUACAAGAUGUAUUGCAAUUAGACUAUUGUCGAGUGAAUCACUUCUAUCCACAAAUCUUUCAUGCUCUUGCAAUAGUAGCGAAACAUGAUGUUAGAACGCUCGACGACUUCAGAAAACAUUGCACAUUUGGUUCAAUCCCCGACGAGAAGAUGAAAGAUGUGGUGACGCGCUUUGCGACGUAUUUUGAUGACGAGACUCUCACACGAUUUAUCGAGACGAGUCGUUCACAUAUCUCAUUACAGUAUUCUCCGAGUGGAUGCGCACCGAACGCAUUCUUGUCAAUGGUACUCUUCGUAGCACAGUUGUGUGCCAUUAAAAAGGAGAAGAAGACGAAUGUCGAUGUCCUGUCGUAUUUGAUUAACUUAGUGAAUUACCCACUGACCGAAAAGGACUUUGCCAUCUUAAAUUCCCUUCCCAUCUUCACUUCAUUAAAUGAAGAAGAACUGUAUAAGAUAUCAGUUAAUUACAUCAUCACCUUUUUCAAAUUGGCAGACACGGAUAUCCUUAAAGCAAAACGUAAUGUCCCAGAAGACCUCAGUAAAGUGGUGAAUGCAGUUUGUUCGUUACUCACAAAAAUUGUUGGGACGUUGACCGACAACAAACUCCGCUUUGACCUCUUAAAAAAGACGAUUGGGAUCUUCAUCAAACUUAGUAAUUCAACGACGCCAGAAGCAUCUUUGAAUAUUAAAAAUAGAACAGAAGUCCAAUUGAUGGGGAAAUUAUUAGAACCAAUUAGCUUGCUGAUUGAAGGGAUGGAAGAUAUGAUCACUGAAGAAGCCGACUUGAAGCUCUUUCGGACGUUUUGGUUCACAUGUGUUGUAGUGAAGUAUGUGAAAGAAGGCGAACACCCAUCAGAAUGGUAUACGUGUGUUAAGGACAUCGCGUUUAACAUACCACCUUUAUUAAUGAAGAAGAGUCACGUUGAGAUCGAAGUUGAAGGAGAGAUCUUAGCUAUUUUAACGCGAUUUUAUAACAUCGAACAACACAAACUACUGUAUGAGGACUUUUUGAAAACUACAGAGUUGGGCAUUUCAACACGUGGGUCACAGCCAAAUAGAAUAUUAAUGUUCGUCUCCAUCUAUUAUUUGGAGUUAUUCCGAGGUGAACGAUUUGGGUUUGGGUAUAUUUCAGAAUACUUAGAUGAUUCCAUAGGAGAAGAGCCGAUGUAUAAUUUCGUUAUACCCGUCUAUGGUAUUCUCUUUAAAAAGAUUCUGAAUGUCGUGAAGCAAUUACUGUCAUCGGAGAAACUCUCUGUUUAUGUGAGAAAUAAGGCAAUGACUCGAUUGGUCAGUUUCUUGAUAGUGAAGACAACAACGUCGAAUGAUAACACAUUCAACUUCAUAUCGAGUGCAUUGAAAGAAAUAGUAGAUACCAUCCCUUAUGUCGUGUAUAACAAAAACGUCCUCUUUUUACUCUUGCAAAUCGUCGACACCAUUUCAAAAAUGAACACAUCGAACCCCCUCGACGUGAAAAGAAUUCGAAUAGCACAAACAGACUUCUUCAUUGAGACGCCAGAAGACUCUUCUUCGGGACAAAAGGUGGCUAAGAACGUUAAAGACUUUGCAACAUUAUACAUCCAGUCUGGAUUCAAGUUGCAGCCAAGGUUAUUCUCUCAUUUGGUCCAAGCCUAUAUUUUACAGCUUCCAAUGUCGUCGUAUAACUCGAGUAAAGGUGUGGAGUUAGCAUUAAGUAUUGGGAACCAAUACGUUGACAUGUCUAUGGUGGUGUCUGACAUAUCUCAAAAGGCGAGUUUUCUUGGGUUUGCAAAGAUGCAUAACCAGAGUGUCGAGACACAGCAAGCCGCUCUUUUAAAAGCAAUUAAAGAGACGACGGGGAAUAAAAAUGUCUUACUCAAAGAGGCGGUUUCAUUCAUAGUACUUAACUGCACCAACGUGAGCGAAUGUGCUGAUUUGCUUCAAGCCAUUGUAAUGAUCCCAAUGGAGAAGUUUGAUAGUGAAAGUGUUGAUAGUGCAGUGUCCAAUUGGGAGUGGCUGAUGUGUGUAUGUACAAAGGAAAUUGGGAACUAUAUUCUCCGUUUAAUUUCAUUAGCUUGGAAUAAGACUAUUAUCAAAAAAAUUGGGUUGUUUAACGCGAUGUAUGUCACUUCCAAUCCACUCUCAAGCAGUGUUGGAAACACAGAACAGAUGACACAUGCAUCAUCAGUUGUUCCACACCGAAACAUCAUUAAAUUUUUGGACGCAUUACUUCCAAUAGUCGAAGUGUUUAAGGACGGACUGAGGCUUUCUAUUAUUCAUCAAAUAGUGCAAGAGUCUUUGAAGGCGAAGAUGACCCCGGAGCCGAGUUCUGUAGGUACUCGGUUCAUGUUAUUGUUACUUGGGUUGAAAGUGAUUCAAUUGAGUCAGAAAGAAAAGAUCCAUUAUAUGGGGAUGAUCCAAGACAUUGAAAAUGUCGGGUUGGAGUGGUUUGAGUCGAAGCCGGAGUGGUUUGAAUGUUGUAGAAUGCAAGCGGAACAUGAUGUCAAUACUUUGGUAUCGUUCAACACGGUGUUAAUAGCGUUGUUGAGUCAAAGUCGGGAUCGGAAAUAUAAUAUUACAGAAGACCAAGUUGAGGAUAUGAAACAGAAAGCUAUGUUACUCAUCCCAUUUGUUGGUAAUGAAGUAGAACGAAUAGCUGUGUGGAACAACCCAUUGAAUAUCAUUUCAAAGCAAUUUCCGAAUCAAAGACUUUACAUUGACUCUUCAAUACCUAAAGAGUAUAGAAGACGCCCAAAGGACUUAGUCUUACUUGCGUGGUAUUAUGCACCAAAUUUAGUUGUUGGAUAUUAUAACAGAUUUACUACGAGCGCGAACUUCAAAUUGGUCACACAACAAAUUCUUGCUGAACCAACGAAAUUGUUGAAUAACCCACAAGCCCAUGUCUUCAUUGCAACACCGGAACACAUCGAACAAAAUAUUCCUCAACUGAACCAAUUACUGUACUGGGAGAGUACAGACCCACCUCAUGCGCUUAAUUUACUGAAGAAAGACUUCAAAGCGAAUCCAUUUGUGACGUUAUAUGCACUUCGCGUGUUGGAUACAUUUGAUGAACAUACGGUGUUAUACUAUGUCCCACAAUUGGUACAGUCAUUAAGAUAUGACAAUUUGGGUAUUGUGGAGCCUUUCAUCAUCCGAAUGGGGAAGAAAUAUCAAUUGAUUGCUCAUCAAUUGAUAUGGAAUUGUGAUACAUACUCCACUGAAUCAACUACAAUGACUGUCAAACAAGACCCCACAUUUGUUGCGAAGUUGAAAGAGAUCAGUAAGAAGAUAGUGGAAAAUUAUGACGAGAAGGAGAUGUCCUUAUUCAAGGCGGAGCGCGGCUUCUUUGAAAAAUUCACAACGAUCUCCGCUGGACUCAUCCCAAUUGAAAAUCGCGACCAAAGACUCGCACAAUUGAAGGAGAAACUCGGCGAACUGCAAGUUGACAGAAGUGACUUGUACGUCCCAACAAAUCCGAACGCCAUGGUGUCAUCUGUAUCAAACCAAGGCUGUGCAUGUUUGAGAAGUGCAGCUAAAGUCCCCAUUUUAGUCAAUAUGAGAGUGAAAGAGAGAUAUACUGGCGUUGAAUCCCCACUUCCAAUCAUCUUCAAGGCUGGCGAUGAUAUUAGGUCUGAUAUGUUGGCAGUUCAACUCAUCGAGCUUUUCGAUCGAAUUAACAAGCAUUCUGGUCUUAAUAUUUAUUUGUGUCCAUAUCGAAUCAUUGCAACAGGACCAGACUGUGGUAUCAUUGAAGUCGUUCAAAAUUCGAUGUCGCGAGAUCAAAUUGGUGAGAAGUGUGAAGGUGACAUGUACACGUACUUCCUUGCCAAAUAUGGUGGUCGAAAAACUGAAGCCUUUUACUCUGCCCGAGCUAACUUUAUUAGAAGUAUGUCGGCGUAUUCAAUAGUUUCGUAUAUAUUACAAAUCAAAGACAGACACAAUGGAAACAUUUUGAUAGAUGAUGAAGGUCACUUGAUCCAUAUCGACUUUGGAUUCAUGUUUGAUCGAUCGCCCGGCGGCGACUUGGGUAUUGAAAAGUCGCCAUUCAAAUUGACAGAAGAAAUGAUAUCUAUAAUGGGAGGGUCUCCCAUUGCAGAACAAUUCAUCUGGUUUAUGGAACAAGCAGUCAAGUCGUUUUUAGCACUCAGAGAUUAUUAUCAGUCCAUCGUCACUUUAGUCGAGUUGAUGCUCGACACGAAGAUGAAUGUCUUCAAACCAAAUUCCUUGCAGAAUCUUAUCAAACGAUUUAAUCCAGACAGCAACGUGACUCAAGCCGCUGGGUACAUGUCUGGGGUUGUCAAAGAGGCGUUCUCGUUGAAAGGAACCUUUUUCACAUAUUUCUAUGAUAAAUUCCAGGCUCUUGAUAAUGGCAUUUCGAUGUGA